AUGGAUUUUAUUUUUAUUUGUUUAUUUGCUGAUGAGCUCGUUUUUGCUUGUCAUCUUGAGGAUGUCGAACUCCCAGUCGAGAGUUUUCCCGGUAAAUAUGUGUAUGAUCCGUUUUAUGAUGGGUUUGUAGGUGUUGAGUAUUUUGCAUUUGAAGAGGUGGUGCUCGGUGAUCUUGAUCGGUGGGAGACCUUGGUAUCUGAUAGUUUCUAUGUGAACAUUGAUCGUUGUGGUAUAAAGAACACUAAUUCAACAAGUAGUGCAAGUUUACAACCGAUUUCAUAUACUAUUGGACAACCUGCUCCGAUAAGACAGUCCAACUAUGCUUGUCGAUUUAGUAUUUCAUUGUUUAUGAAUACUCCUUCGUUCCCUCUUUAUUUUACAUUGGGCUCAGUCAAUGAUGGUGAUAUAACACAACCUCUAAUUAGCUCCAACGGAUCAGUUACUCUAUAUAAUUUCGAUAUAGAAUUGUUGAAUUUCCCUCCAACAACAAACAGCUAUUAUGCGAUUUUAAAUAUAACCGAUUCCAGUGUACCUCAAACCUAUCAAGCAAAUUUAACUGGUUUGAUUUGUAAUGAUGUCGAUACAACUCAAUUCAAAAUAGUAUCAACUGGAAAUUUAACAAUUCAUAAUGAAAUCAAUUUAGUAACAUACGUUGAACUAGGAUUUAAUGAAACGAUUCGAGGUAGCGACGUUACUCUAAAAUGUUUUCUAGAUGAUUUUACAUGUUCAAUCAGUUCAGAAAGCUCUGCAAGAUAUCAACGUGUAGUGUUGCAAUUGUCGCCAAUAAACUAUAUAUCUUUACCUGCGAUUUUAUCUAUUGGCAUUAUAUAUCAACGUAUAGGUAAUCCAUUGGUAGUUUAUUUUAAUCAAGCAAAUCCAUUACCCAUUAAAGUAAAUAGAACAUCUUUAAUCAUUAAAGAAGAUUUCUAUCCUCUAUCUGGAACGAACAGGACAGGCUUUUCCGAUAUGAAGGCAGAUGUUAUAAGUUUUUUAAGUGUCAAGAAUUCAAACUCAUUUUUUACUACUGUUUAUUCUGCUUCCCCAGAGAUUAAAAUUCCAUAUCUAUUGGUUGGUUAUAAUCAAACACAUUCUUUAUACUACCAAAGAAAUGAUGUGGGAUCAUAUGAACAAGUUACAUCCUACAUUUCAGAUUCAACUUCCAAUGUUAUCUCUGACAAUUAUACUUGUACUAUUGCUAUUAACACAAUUACAACAAAUCCUCUAAUGUCAUACGUUAUUGAUGUUAUUACAGACAGUAGGGUCAUUUCAUCUGUGGUAAAUGUUCCAACAAUUCUAAAUAUUAAAUAUUGGACACAGUUAUCCAACUACAAUAAAUUGUCAUUGGAAAAUACCUAUCCUUUUGGAUUUAAUGUAACAUCGAAUCAAUAUAUUUAUAAAAUGGAAUUCCCACGUUUUGGAUAUUCAAAAUGGUCGCAAUCUACAUUAUAUUUUUCACCAAUAUCACCAUUAUCUGCUUCAUCAAACUAUCCAUCUAGAAGACUUAACUUUUACUUAGUUUUAAAUAGUUUUAAUAUCCAAAGUUUGGAUUUUUCAACAGUACUAUUCACAUUAAAUGUUAACUCAUCAUGUCAAGUUUUAAACCUUAUGAUUAGUGGUCAUGACAUUUCAUUAAAGGCAAAUCAAGCUAUCACUGGUGGAAAUUUUAAUGUUGGUGUUUAUGAAAUCAGAUUUAUUCCGUUAUCGUCAGAUUACAAAAUUAUUAUUUCAGAUUCCUGCGAAAACGAUUACAUUUUUAGCAGUGGAUUACAAUAUUCACCAUCAUCAAAUGACACUUUACCUUAUAUUCCAAAUAAUUCAAUUUUUAAUGUUCAAUUAAAAGAUAUUACUAAUUUCAGUUUCUCAAAGAACGAUUUAAAUGUGACAAAUAACGAUGAGAUUGUUGUAUUAUAUUUUAAUCUUUCAAAAUUUCCAAUUCAACCAUACAUUUUGACAAGCUAUUCUAAUGAAAAACAACUUGGUGGAUAUGACAAAACCGCAGGUCUCUAUUUUGUAAAUAUAAAUGUACCCAAAGGAGUGGCACCUGGUGAUCUCUAUUUCACUCUUUAUAUAUUCAAUCAAAAAUUUGAUUCCAAUAUAUUGGCAUCUUAUUUUGGUGAGAUUGCAACUCUAAGAGUUGUAGAAACAAAUUUAAUUUAUAAUAUACCAUUACUUAUGGAAGUGAAUGCUUUUCCAAGUAUGAACCAAACUAUUGCAUUGGAUGAUCAAAUAUCUAUUGGAUGGCUGUUAAGAAUUAAGAGUGAAGCUGGAUUUUCGAGUGGAGUUGCAAGUGUUGUUUCCAAUUUGGAAGCAAAACCUAUUUUAAUCAAUUUUGAUAAUUCAGCAAACUAUUUAAAAUCAGGUGAUAUCUAUGAUGGAAUAUACAAUAUUUCAAUGGUAAUUAAAGGUGUAUGCAUUUCAGAAACAUACCAAUUGGUCAAGUUGACUUUGUAUUCCAACAACAAUCUAUCAAAUUCAUUGAUUGAACCAUUCGAAACAUUAACAACUAUCUAUGGUACUCCAUAUGAAAAACAAUUAAAUCUUGGAAUUGUUUGUAAUCCAGGAUUUUCUGAUACCUCAGCACCUCUUAUCACAGAUUUGGUUAUGUCACCAUUUGUAGAUGUUGGACAAUCUUCAAGAUUGAUUGAAUUUAAUUUUACAAUCAUCGAAAAUACAUCACCCGAAUCUGGUAUUUCUGAACGAUAUAAACCAAUCAUAAGAGUAUUGUCAGAGAAUGGAGAUUCAUUGGAUUUUGAAUCAAUGAUUGUUAGUGGAAAUCCAAUGAAAUAUAAUUAUUAUGCAGCCUACCAAUUACCAUAUUCAUUUGGUUCGAAUAAUCUUUAUGUUAGUAUUUUCGGUAUCUCUGACAUGUUCCAUAACUAUGUUGGAUACACAUCCUCUGAUUUAAAGAGUCUCGCUCUUCCAUAUCACAUCAGUAUUAGAUACAACCAAUCAUCACCCUUCAUAGACUCAACAUCGAAAUUGUUCAAAAAUGGUGGUGAUCUAUAUAUCUAUGGUCGAUCAUUCCAAGGAAGUAGUUUAACAAUAAGUAUUGAUUUUAAAGAUUCAAAAGGAUAUCUUAAUUAUGAAUAUUCAAUGAAAACUGGAUCAAUCAUUUUAAUAAGUAGUCUUCCUUCCAUUUCAUCAAACAAUAUCAAUUUGUUUGUCACAUUGGAUGGUGUUCGUUCAAACACUUUUAAUAUCCAAGUAUUUACAAUUGUUGUUCCAACUCCUAAUGGCACACCAUCACCUUCACCAACUGGUACUCCAACACAAUCACCCUCGUCAACACCAACCAAUUGUCCAGGCAAACCAAUCUGUAAUAAUAAUGGAAUAUGCGCUAACUCUACAUGUCAAUGCUAUCCACCAUGGGGUGGUCCAUCUUGUUCAUCAAAAAAUAUAAUUGUUCCAAUACCACCAGCUUAUCCAGAUCCAGCAUCAGGAACAAAUGUCACUGAAACUGGAAAUUUAGUGACAUCUUCUGUUGAGAUUGUUGGAGUAAGAGAGUUGGAUGAUAUGAAUAAUAUUGUUGAGCAAUACAACGUCACCAAAUGGAAUUUCAAAGAUCUCACAACACCAUCAACCAAUCCAAAGUAUUUCUAUUCAUCACAACUCAAUCAGAGAUCAACUUACUUGAACGUAUCGAUUGAAUACUUUAAGAAUCCAACCAACAUUACAUUUGCAGAUGAGAACCUAUUCAUCCCAGCAUCUACAAUUAAAUUCACAAUGAGUUUAGAUUACUACUCAUUCAAACAAUCGACCAACUACUUACAGAUUUUAAUGAAAUCAUCGAUAGAAAGUGACGAUUCCGAUGUUUGUUCAUCGAUUGGUAUUGGAAAGGUUGACAGAAAUGUAAAGUGGAUCAAACUUAAUAUCGAUGAUAUCAGUCUCUAUGGUAGAUUCCUUUCCAAUGCCAUUUGUGAUGGUAGAGUUACACCAAUACAGAAUGUAAUUAUCAAUGAUGACUCAGACAAUCAAGAUGAUCAAACGAAACAAGAAAGAUCAAUAUUGGUUGGAAUUACAAUACCAUCCUACAGCAAGUACGUCGAUUUAGAUCCAGACUUUUCAAAUCUUAUCGAUGUAGGUGAAGGUGAUACCACUGAUUUUAUUUGCUCAAAGAAAAGAUUGAGUAAUGGUGCAAUUGCUGGAAUUGUCGUAGGUGGAGUUAAUUUUAUCAUUAUUUUAAUUUAUUUUAAAUAUAAACUUAUGUCUCUAAAUCAGAAUAAUCAAAUUGUUAAUCUAUCACCUAUUUUAUUGGGAAAUAUAACCAAAUAUCUAGAAAACAAUAUCGACAGAAUAUGUUUAAGUUUAGUUUGUAAGCGAUGGUACGAUAGUCGUGAUAGAUACUUAUUGUUUAAUACUGAACUUCUUACUCUGAUCGAACAAAAUCAGUGUCGAUUUCACUUGAGAUCAUACAGCUAUAUUUAUAACAAAUCAUUGGAACUCAAAGAGAAUCGUAAACUAUUGAUCGGUACAUAUUAUAAUCAAAGUCAAUACUAUGAUUAUCAAUAUAAUGAUAUUGAUGAAAUUGAUAAUAUAGAUAAGAAUGUAGAUUCAGUUACACUUAGAACAUCAGUGGAUAUGCAGAAACUAAACAAUCUAUUGUCAAAGUCAAAUGUUAGAGAACUACUGCUUUGUUCGACCUUGGUAUAUGGCAUUCCACCAAAUAUAGAAACAAUAUCGUUUGAUUUGAAAUUCGAUGAAGAUCUGGCUGUUGGUUGUUUUCAAAAAGGUUUGAAAUCGAUUUCGCUGUAUUGCGCUAGACCGAUUGGAUUGAAUGUAUUUCCAGAAGGAUUAACCAAACUUGAAAUAGCACUCAAACGAUGCUAUAAAUUGAAACCAGGAGUAUUUCCUUCAACUCUUCAAUGCCUGAAUCUGGACGAACCAGUCGAUCUUAACCCAGGAGUGUUGCCACCAAAUCUGAAAACUCUGAAACUCAACUUUGGUGCCAAGUGUGAUAUCACUAAAGGCGUGUUGCCAAACUCACUUGAAACUCUAAAGUAUGCUCCAACCACCUGGAUGCCAUACUUAACACCACUGCUCAAUUUGAAGAAUCUAAUCAUCCACGAUUCAAUAGUAGACCCAGCCAGCAAAAUCAAAUCUCUUAAUCUACGACAGCUCCCAAUGAGUUUAACCAGUUUAGAUGUUAGCUAUUCUCUUUAUCAGUUGACAUCUCCACUUCCUCAGACAAUAAAACACCUGAAUAUUGGAGCGAGUGAAUGUAGCUUUGAGAUUCUGUUUCCAGAGAAACUCUGUCAUACCUAUCGACUGGAAACACUGACCGUUGGCAGAAGAAAGAGAGAAAUACCACUACCAAGGGUUAAUGUAAAACGAUUGGUUCUCACUCAAUACAAUCACAAUGUGUUGGAAGGACAUAUACCGCCUGGUGUAGACAAUCGAUUGGAGUUGGAAAUAAGACGACUCAACAAAGAUGACUAUAUUAUAUUUGGUAGUGCCUAUGAUAGAAAAACUGACAAAAUUAAAAAAUAA